AUGGGUAAAAGAUAUUACUGCGACUAUUGUGACAAAACAAUGGUGGCUACACCUUCAAUGAUAAAAAUGCAUAACAAUGGUACGGUUCAUCAGAAGUUGGUCAAUGAACAUUAUCAACAAUAUAAAGACCCGGCUAUAAUCCUUAGUGAGGAAAGCAGAAAGAAGCCUUGUUUAAAAUUUUCAAAUGGUGAAUGUCGGUUUGGAGGAAUAUGUCAUUACUCCCAUUACAGUGAGGAGCAACUUAAUGAGUUGAAACAAUUUGUUGAAUUAAGAGAAAGAAAAAAUUUAAUACCAAAUAUGCCAUCUUUUGAGGAUUUGUAUAAUAAGCUGCAAACAGAAAAGACAGUAAAUCCACAAGCUAACGAGAAUACCACAAUAUACGAUUCUAAUGGAAUUACUCAUGUUUUCCCUUGGGUCUACUGUGAAGUGUUUGAUAAACUCCAAGAAAAUUUACCACCAAGUUUGAAGCGAUUCAAAAUUGAGGACUUUCAUGAAGCUACUUUUUCAGAAUGGGGC